AAAAGAUAAACGGGGCGGUGUCAAACCACCUCGGCUGUUUCCUUUCUGUAAACCAGGUCCGGGCUCCUGAUGACGCAGUCAUGGAGGAGUCUGCUCCUGCUCCCAUCUUUUCUACUUCACUUUUCUUUCUUCUUCCUCUCAGUAAUGACCUUCUCUUUCGCCGAUCCGAUCUUCCUCUUUUUUUCAAGUACCCUCUAUUUGAUGACGUUCUAACCUCACACACACACACACUUCUUUCUUUUCUUUUCUGUUUUGUUUGUCUCUUACAGAAACCAAAUGGGGAAUCUGUUAAAAGUGCUCACUUGCACAGAGCUUGAACAGGGGCCCAACUUUUUCCUUGACUUUGAAAAUGCCCAGCCGACAGAAGGUGAGCGAGAUGUGUGGAACCAGGUGAAUUCAGUCCUGCAGGACUCUGAGAGCAUCCUGACAGCUCUGCAGGCGUACAAAGGCGCAGGCCAGGAAAUCAGAGAUGCUAUUCAAAAUCCAAGUGACCUCAUGUUGCAGGAACAAGCCUGGAAUUCAGUCUGCCCACUGGUCAUCAAACUCAAACAAUUCUACAGCUUCUCUCUUAGACUUGAGGAGGCCUUGAAGAGUUUACUGCAGUGUCUGACGUGUGCGCCCUUCACGCCCACCCAGCAUCUGGAGAAAGAGCAGGCAUUGGCCAAACAGUUUGCGGAGAUCCUUCAUUUUACUCUACGCUUUGAUGAGCUCAAGAUGAGAAUUCCUGCCAUCCAGAAUGACUUCAGCUACUACAGAAGAACUAUCAGCCGAAACCGAAUAAACAACAUGAAUUUGGACAUUGAGAGUGAAGUGAACAAUGAGAUGGCCAAUAGGAUGUCGCUGUUCUACGCUGAGGCCACACCCAUGCUGAAAACACUCAGCACUGCAACCACAAACUUUGUGACUGAGAACAAGACUCUUCCACUGGAGAACACGACAGAUUGUCUGAGCACCAUGGCCAGCGUCUGUAAAGUCAUGUUGGAGACACCAGAUUACUCGAGUCGUUUCAACAGCGAGGACACGGUCUUGUUCUGCAUGAGAGUCAUGGUCGGGGUCAUCAUCCUCUAUGACCACGUCCACCCCAACGGCGCCUUCAACAAGUCCUCCAAAAUAGAUAUGAAAGGCUGCAUCAAAGUCCUAAAGGACCAGCCAGCAGACAAGGUAGAAGGCCUCCUGAAUGCCCUCAAAUUCACCACAAAACACCUGAACGAUGAGUCCACUCCAAAAAACAUCCGGACAAUGCUUCAUUAAUAACUGUUCUUUUUUUUUUUCUUUUUUUUUUAAUAAAAACAAAAAAAUCUAUAAAUAUGUAUGAAGAGGAUCAAUGUUCUGACCUCAGAUAAGAUGUAAAUGUUUACAUUAUUUAAAAGACUUGAUGUUCAUACUUGUAAACGUGUCUAUAUGCAUAGUCAUUCCCUUCAUGUUGUUGAAACCUGAACACAAAAUUAAAGAUUGUAUUCAGGAAAAAAAGAUUGAGGAUCAGCCUUCCAAAGAAAAAUGACACUUGCAUGUUGCAGGUGUCAUUUUGAAAUAAACGCAGCAGCACAAAAAAAUGCGAGAUUUUCCUAUUGUUUAACGUCGCAUGAAAGGUUUCUAAAAUGUUUAUAUUCAAGUAAAUCUGUCCAGAAUCAAAGGCACCAAAAAAUAUCAGACAAUGUUAAAUGGAGGGGCUAAGUAUUAGGGGUGGGUACAGGAUGGACUGGUUUGAUUCAAGUGUUUUCUUUAUCAUUAUUAUUAUUUUUUACUUCUGCAUUUGUAUAUGUUUUCUUACCCUUUUUGCAGCUAAUUGGAAACAUACAUCAGUGACAAAAAAAAAAAAAUCUUUCAAGCGCUCAUCAAGUACACCCCCGUUUAGUCUUAGUUUCCUCAGGUUGAUCUCAAAAUCCAGUCCACAGUUCACUGUAUGAUAGUGUCAAUGUGUGUGUUUGUGUGUGUUUGAAGUGGAUUUUUGUUUUACUAAAUAAAUACCAAAAAUGUUUGUCCUGCAAAUAAGUGAGUGAUCUGUUUGGAAUAUGGACUACGAUUAUUUUUUUUUUUUCUUUCUUGACAAUGUUUGGGUGGUUUUCGUUGACCAAAGAUGGUUAGGACACCGUCUCAUUAUAAUAUAUACUAACAAGAAACUUGUGUGUCUUUGCAUUUAAGAAGCUGCUUUCAAAGACGUUGCCAUCAACAUUUGAAUUCUGAAAAAUCUAAACACCGUAAUUUCUGAGAUUUGUUUAUCGAAAUGAGUAUUUCCAUCCCUAAACACUGAUGGUUUACAAAACUCUCAGACCUCACUAAUUCUCAUGUUCUUUGGGGACGAACUUUAAUGAUAGUUCAAGUGUAAUCAAUGUAUUUGUAU